UCACCGUUGUUCAGCACGUGAAGCACUUUAAUGACGUGGUGGAAUUUGGCGAGAAUCAGGAGUUCACCGAUGACUUUGAGUAUCUUGCCACUGGUCUGAAGACUGGUCAACCCCUUAACACACGCUGCCUUAGUGUUAUUAGUUUGGCCACACGGAGCGCCAUGCCCAGUUUCAGGAUGCACCUGAGGGCUCGUGGGAAAGUGGCUCAGGUCUUUAAAACUCUCAAUGAUGCACCUCAACAUUCAAAUCUAGCUCUAUGUACGGCCUCUCUGAUGUACAUUCUCAGCCGAGACCGUUUGAACAUGGACCUGGAUCGGGCCAGUCUGGAUCUAAUGAUUCGUUUGCUGGAAUUAGAACAGGACAAAUCCAUUGCUGAUCAGCUAACGACAAAAGAGAUGAAUAAAGUAAAAGAAAAGAUUCGCAAACUCUGCGAAACCGUCCAUAAUAAGCAUCUCGACUUGGAGAAUAUCACGACGGGACAUUUAGCAAUGGAGACAUUGUUGUCAUUGACGUCAAAGAGAGCGGGGGAUUGGUUUAAAGAAGAACUCCGGCUUCUGGGAGGCCUGGACCACAUUGUAGAUAAAGUUAAAGAGUGUGUGGAAAACCUGAGCCGAGAGGAUGAUAAGGAGAACCUAGUGGCGUCUUUGUGGGGGGCUGAGAGAUGUUUGCGUGUUCUAGAAAGUGUAACAGUUCACAAUCCAGAAAACCAGGCCUACCUGAUCGCGUACAAGGACUCUCAGCUCAUCGUGUCUUCAGCGAAAGCGUUAUGGCACUGUGAGGAGAUGAUCCAGAGGUACAGUCGAGAGGUGAACAGAGGCCUGUGCUCGUCGGGCACACCGCUGCCCUACUGCAGCAACAGCAACGUGGGCAAAGCUGUAGAAGACUGUAUGCGAGCUAUCAUCGGGGUCCUGUUAAAUCUCACACAUGACAACGGUCAGUACAAAGACGAGGACCUGCGAUCUCUUCAGCAUGCUGGCAAGCACAUGGAGGACAGUAUUGUGGCGUCAUACACUGCACUGCUUUUGGGUUGUCUGUGCCAGGGGAGCCCUAUGAAUGUGACUACUGUGAGGGAAAACCUGCCAAAAGGGGAUUUUUCAGUCAUGACAGAGAUGCUGAAGAAGUUCUUGAAUUUCAUGAACCUUACAUGUGAUGUGGGCACCACGGGACAGAAGUCUAUCUCCAGGGUCAUUGAUUAUCUGGAACACUGCUAGUGUGUUUGCAGAGCUCCACACACAGACUUCAGAUCACUGCUGCCCAACCCCAACACACCUGGAAAACAACCCACCAUCAUCAUCAUCAUCAUCAUCAACCAGUACCUUCAUCAUUCAGACUGUAAAGAAUUAAAUCUAAAGCACAUCAUACUCCCAGAACUCUAUUAAAAGGAGCUGUUUUGAUUGAGUUUGUCACAAUCUGUUCACCUAUUUCGUCUUAAAAUGUUUUUAUCACGAAAUAAUUGUGUUCCUCGCAUCACAAUCCUCCCUAAUCUGGCGUCUAUUGAUCAGUCGCCUUGGAAGCUGGUUUUCAUUGGCAGAAAUGGAGAGAGUGGCUUUGAUAAAACUUGUUAAAGGAUGUCUCCCCCUCUGUUUGUUUUAUUCCACUCUCAAGUCUGUGAAUUUAAAAGCGUUCAACACUGACCUGUACGAUUGGAGGGCGAAUCCAAAACCGCAUUCGAAAUUCUGGUCCUCUUUGAAAUGCCGCAAAGACAUGCCCUCCUGGUUCAAAUCUAUUCUCUUCGCUUCAGGAUGUGCUCCCUUUGUGUUGCACAAAUUCGUUUUUAAUCGAUAUCGCUAUGUCAAAGGUCUGCGAAGGAAUAAAUUACAUCACUUCCCAUUUCACUAGGGCAGGAAAGGGACAAAGCGUUUUUAGAAUGUUGUAGUAGUCGUAAUUUUUAACCGUAUUUUCCAAAUGCCAGAACGUUAACUUUAAUGUUAACAAACUUGAUGUCCAAACCUUAUGUGGUUCAAAAUCGACAGUCAGACUUAUUAAAUCGUGCAAUAUGCCGAAUUAUGCUUGGCUGCAGUACUGUGUUGUGCAAGAGAGAAAUGAUUAGGAAUUUGAAUGAAUUCAAAUGCGUUUUUGAAGCCAGGAAAUGUCAUCCAUGGGUUUGGGUCAUGGCUACAUGGUAACCCUGAGUUCAGCGAAAAUUCUGCAUGCACUGCUACUGAGGUUUGGUCAGAGCUGAAGUUGCUGUGAUAAUUAAAGAUAAGUGCAAUAACCGUUUCGAUGAACGCUGGUUUCCGUCUAGCCGUGACCUUGGGUUUUGGAUGCCAACAUCCAUGUCAACGUGGAUCUACAUUUCAAGAGUUGGUGUCAUAAACUACACACUGAAUAAGUCCUGUUUUGUUUAUGGUUGGUGUUUUUUGUACAAGAUUGAAUUUAGCACUUGACAUCUCUCUGAUAAGGCCAGUAGAUUCCAAUUUUGACCCAAACUUGUUCUGAUCUUCUCAAGGUUGUUUUCAGAAGCGCUCUAUUGUUUUUCUGCCUUCUCAAGCGAUCGCCUUCAGGCAUUUAGCUGCUGUUCAUGACUGAAAUAGACUGAAAUAACUUCAAUGCACACAGCUUAACGAAAGCAAAGCUAAGGAUCAUUUUCCCCCUCACCGCUUAACUGUUUUGGUUCACGGAACACUAUGAGUUUUGAGUAUUUUCUGUUCUGUUCUGGGCACAGUGCUGCAGUCUGUAUCUGCGCUCCAAACAUCACAACGGGAUUGAAUUCACACAGCGGGGAACUGAAUGAAGCAACACGAACUGUAAAUACUCGUAAAUAUUGGCUGUUGGAGAACUAGAUAGACUACUUUUCUGAAUCCAAUCGUUUUAUUUUAUACCGCAUUUUUCUCAGUUGUGUUUUUUGAGGUAAGAGUUAUCGAAAAGCCAACUGCAGGAACAUGAAAUUUGUACCAAUUUCAAAAUAAUGUCUUUGGUUACUUGUACAUAAUUUUAACGCAAAUAAAAUUGCUACUUUCAGUACUU